UUAACCCGCCAAAACAAAACGGGGACGACUGAGAGGUCAUCGGAAAUUGCCCUUUCCUCGGGCGGCAAUGGCGGACGAACUCGAAGAUGGAGGGCCAGGUGCACCGGCGACCCGAGUCUCGCACAUCAAGAAACGAGCGCUGAAGAACAAAGCUCUGGCCAUAUCUUUCAACGAGAAGGAUCUCAGGGACUACGUCACUGGGUUCCAUAAGAGGAAGAAGAAGAGGCGAAAGGAAGGUCAUAAGCAACAGGAGGAGGCGGCGCGACGAAAGCGCAUCGAGCUGCGCCAGAAGAGGAGGUUGGAAGAUGUGUUUUAUAUAGAAGAAGGAGCUCCACCAGCGGCUGAAGAGAUUGAGGAGGAUGACGAGGGUGGGGAAGAAAGUGAGCCUGUUGCUUCAGUUAGCGGGACAAUGAUGUAUGACCAUGGGGACUUGAAGGUAACGGUGACGACCAGUGAGAUCUCCAGAGAAGAUGACGACUCUGGAACAAAGGAGACAAUGCCAUCAACCAUUCCCAGACCAAUUGUUGUUAAGAAGAAGAACCAGAAGCUACCUGUGAGUAAAAAACCAUCAUUCAAGAAAUCCUCCAAACGCAAAACCCGAGCAAAGCCACAGAGCAAAAGGGAUAAAAGGAAAGCAAAAUUACCUAGCCAUAAGUGAUAAGUCUUACCUCACACGCAGCAUAAAAAAGGCGGAGAUGGCUUCUUCCUGGUAUUGCUUUGACAUGUUUACUGAAGAACUGAUCUGGUAAGUGGUAACUGGAUAGUUGAUUAUGUAACCACCAUUGUGAUCCACUUGUGUUUGGGAAUAUUGAUGUCUGUGUGCUAUGUGCUUUUAGCUUUCUACUCCUCUGUUCUUUUGCCAUAACCUUUUUCAUUCUUUUGAAAUAGCCAGUGGCUAUGCCUUUUUGAUUUAUCCGUUUGCUUUAUAGCUCGG